AUGCCAUCCAAACGCAUCUACCAUCAAUACCUAUCGACGCUGCCCAAGCGACCCACUCUCAACCCUCGAGUGCUCACCGCUGCGCCCACCUCUUCGUCACUACCCACACGAAGCAUCUCGACAACCCUCGUGACCAGGCAAAAGGCACAACAUGCUUCGCAACCGCCCGCGCCCAGGUCCACAGGUCAGCCUAAACCUUCCUCCUCCGACCCCCCCUCCUCAUCCACUCAAGAUGCUCGCACAGAUCUCCUCUCCCGUCCCCGCCGUAGCAUGCUCUACGUCCCCGGUUCGUCCGAAAAAAUGAUCAAAAAAUCUCAAUCCUCUUCCUCCGACACCAUCAUCUUCGAUCUCGAAGAUUCCGUAGCCGCCCAUAAAAAAGGUUCUGCUCGGGAGACCGUUUUUCUAGCCCUCGAAGCUGCCGCUCGUCCUGGCCCUGAACUCGCCGUCCGAAUCAAUCCUCCUUCCUCGAACUGCGAUCUGGCCGAAGACGAUCUCGAUAUGAUCCUUCCCAGCUCGCAACUCCAGACGAUCGUUGUACCUAAAGUUGAGAGCGAAGAUGAUGUUCGAUUGAUAAUUGAAAAAGCUAGAGCUCUUCGAGGGCAAGAUAAGGCGCCUCUGGGGUUGGUACUCUCGGUGGAAUCCGCAGGGAGCUUGCUGCGUAUGCCAAAGAUCAUCGAACGGGUCCGAAACCAGCUCGGUCAAAACCCGUAUUCAGGCAAGCCAGGAGCGAAUGGGAAAAGUGGAAUGGUAGAGAUCGUUGCCCUGCUCUUUGCCUCCGAAGACUACUGUGCAAGCACCGGAAUCCUCCGCACCCGAGAUCGAAAAUCUCUAUUGUUCCCAAGAGCACAUAUGGCUACGAUUGCAAAAGGCUACAACUUGGCAGCGAUAGAUAUGGUUUGUAUCGACUACAAGGAUCAAGCGUACCUAAUCGAGGAAGCGGAAGAAGCGAAAGAGUUGGGAUAUGAUGGGAAGCAAGCAAUUCAUCCUGUACAAGUGGAUCCGAUUCAGAAUACCUUCAAUCCCACAGAAGAGGCGGUGGAGAGAGCAGCGAGAAUUUUGAGUUUGUAUGAAAAGGCGGAAAAGGGUGAUAGAGGUGCAUAUGGGUUGGAAGAGGAGCGUGGAGGGAUGACGAUGAUUGAUAGGCCGAUGUUACUGCAGGCGAAUGCGGUCGUGGGGUUGGCCAAGAGGGCUGGGAUGAAGGUGCCGAGUGGGCAAGAUUUAGAGGCGAGGAAGGAUCAGUAA